AUGGUCCAGAUAUUCAAAAACAUCACGAAAAGUCCAAAGGACAAAAGAGAUUACCGAGGCCUAAUUUUGGACAAUGAGCUUCGGGUAUUACUCAUCAGCGACCCAAAAACUGAUAAGGCAGCAGCUGCACUCACCGUUAACGUUGGUCAAUUGAGCGAUCCCAAUGGACUCGAUGGCUUGGCUCACUUUCUGGAGCACAUGCUGUUCCUUGGAACGGAAAAGUACCCACGCGAGAACGAGUAUAACAAGUUCUUGUCAGAGAAUGGCGGCAUUUCAAAUGCAUGCACUUCCAUGGAAAACACGACCUUCUACUUUGACGUCCUCCAUCAACACUUGACCAGCGCAUUAGACAUUUUUUCUCAGUUCUUUUUGGCCCCUCUCUUCACCGAGGACGCGACAGACCGAGAAGUGCAAGCCGUCAAUUCGGAGCAUGAAAAAAAUUUGGCCAAUGACUCAUGGCGAUUACACCAGCUGGAAAGGAGCACCAGCAGCAAGGACCAUCCCUACAGUAAAUUUGCCUCUGGCAACUUGCAAACGUUGGUCGAAGAUCCCAAGAAAAAUGGAAUUAAUGUCAGGGAGGCGCUGCUCAAGUUCCACAGAGAUUACUACUCGUCCAACAUCAUGUCGCUCGUGAUCCUCGGCAAAGACUCUUUAGACGAACUGCAAGAGAAAGCUGAGAAUAAGUUUGGUACAAUUGAGAACAAGCGCGUCACUUUGCCCGAGUGGCCUGGACAUCCUCUUGGCCCAGAGCAGCUGAAAAAGAAAAUACGUGCUGUGCCGAUAAACGACUCGCAAACGCUUGUCAUCACGUUUCCCAUUCCUGACAUGAGGCAGCACUACAAAUCAAAUCCAUAUGGGUACUUGCGCUUCCUGAUUUCUCAUGCAAGCAGCGGCAGCUUGCUCUCCGCUCUGAAAAAGCGUGGCUGGUCGAGCCAUCUGUCCGCCGAAUGCAACUCAGUGGCAAGGGGCAUUUCACUUUUCGUUGUGAACGUUUAUCUGACUGAAAAGGGUCUCGAUAACGUUGACAACAUCGUUGAUCUCAUCUUCCAGUAUAUCAAUCUGCUUCGGCAAGAAAAUCCAAAGGAAUGGAUUUUCAAAGAAUAUGCGGAAAUCAAUAACAUCAGUUUCCGGUUCAAAGAGAAGGUAUCGCCCAUGGAAUACGUUGCCAACGUGGUUGUAGACCUGCUGAAAUACCCAAUAGACGAUGUGCUGACUGCAGAAAAAUUAUUGUCUGAGUGGAAACCCGAGCUAAUAAAUCAAGCGAUGGAAAAGCUCACUCCAGAUAACUGCAGGAUUAGCAUCGUAUCGAAGAAGUUUGAAUCAAUUGCUGACCAGACUGAGAAAUGGUACGGAACCAAAUACAAAAUCGAAGACAUUCCUUCAGAGCUGAUUGAAAAGUGGAAGAAUGCAAAGCCGAUUGGAGAGCUGAAGCUGCCCAAAAAGAACGAGUUCAUUCCAAGCAGCUUUGAUAUUUUGCCAGAUAAUGAUAUUUUGCCAGAUGAUAUUCAUCCCACAAUCAUUUACGAGACAAAAUUUGUACGGGUGUGGCACAAGAAGGAUGACGAGUUUCUCCUCCCAAAAUCAAACCUGAUCUUUGAAAUGAUUAGUCCGUUUGCGAACAAGCACCAGCUCUGCGUGAAUUAUUUGCAUAUUUAUGUGGAUCUGGUUAAUGACGCCCUGACUGAAUAUUCGUACGACGCCUCCUUGGCUUCUCUAUUUUAUCGUCUUGCGGCCACCAAAUUUGGCUUGGUGGUGAAAAUCAAGGGGUUGCACGACAAGCAACACAUCCUGCUAACCAAAGUGCUCGACACGCUGAUCAAUUUGGAGGUCGACGAGGAACGCUAUGAGAUUUUCAAGGAAUCUUAUGAAAGGAAUCUACAGAAUUAUGUAGCACAAGAACCAUACGUGCUCGCAAAGCAUUACCAAUCGGCGUUUUUGAGGGAAAUAAUUUGGCCUAAAACUGAACUACUGAAAUGUACAAAUCAUCUGACCUUCUACGGUUUUAAGGAUUUCAUCAAGCAGUUCUUCUCCUCGAUUCACAUCGAGUGCCUGAUCCACGGCAACGCGAACAAAGCAGCAGCCCAGAAACUGAUCAAACUGAUCGAGAGCAAAUUGCCCAAGAUCCCGUUUCCUUGGUCGCCGGAGGGUUUGCUGAUUUGCCGAGACAUGAAAUUGAAGGAUGGUUAAAUGCUACUCUCUUUG